CCUUCUUCUGCUCCAGAGACUGGCCACCCAUACGGGUCUUCUUCUUCUGGUUCUCGAGGGCCUUCUCAACGAACUCAAUAUCCUUGAGUCGCAGCUCCUCGCUGAUGAUGUCAAGAUCACGGGUGGGGUUCACGUCACCCUCAAUGUGGAUGAUCUCAGCAUCAUCGAAACAACGAACAACCUGAAAGAUGGCAUCGACGGCGCGAAUGUGCGACAAGAAAGCGUUUCCAAGACCAGCACCGGUUGAUGAGCCGCGGGUCAGACCGGCGAUAUCGUAAACGGUCAAGUUGGCGGGAACAACGGACUUGGGCUUGUACUUUUCGACGAGCCAGUCGAACCGGUCAUCGGGAACGACGACGCGGGCUUCCUCAGGGUCGAUGGUGGCAUAGGGGAAGUUCUUGAUGCUGUCAGCACCCCGAUACUAAAGACGGCGGAUGGCGAGGGGGCUUCAUACAGCUGGGUUACCGAGGUUAGACUUGGUAAUGGCCUGGAAGAGAGUAGAUUUGCCGACGUUGGCCAGACCGACCUGGAUAAUGGUUAGCACGUGGCAUACAUCAUCGAUGGAAUAUUGUCACGCACAAUACCACUCUUCAAGUUGUUUCCAGGCCUGCCCAGAGGGAUCUUCUCCUCGACGACUUGCUUCUUAGGAGGCAUCUUGCGCGACUUGGCGUAGUUGCGACGUUGAACGAAGAAAGCCAGGCCCAAGUGUGUGGAUGGAACGUGUCCAAGAGCUGCAGAGCUUGCUGCACGGGGUGCAAGAGGAGGAAAAGAAGCGAAGAAGAUGGAAGAUUUGAUGGACUUCGUGGUGAAGUAUUCAGGUUGGCUAGUGCCAACCUCGGACGGCUUCGAGAGCGAGAGCGACGACGAAGAAAAAGGGAAGAAAAGGGAAGUUGAAGAGAGAGAGAAAAGAUUUCUCUUUUUAUUUUCCGCGAGCCGAGCUUGGGGAGAUGAGAUGAGAAUUUGUUCGUGACCCCACCUUGCUGGGGUUUAGAGAGGUUGGGCUGUGCCAAGAUUUCUCGGAUAGUGGGAAAAGGUAGUUCCGACAGGAAUUCGAAGACGACGUCAUUGGCUGACGAAAGCAGCUUGGCAUAAAGGUACACCAAACCGUGCGCAGAAGGACCCUGGAUCCAGGAUCCAGUGAACAGGCACAGUAUGUCCCAGAGCCCAGGCCCUGUGGUUUUAGGUGGCCGUCUUUGGAAAUGCCUGACCUGAGUUACCUGAGGUUACCUAAAGUUAGUAGAGAGUAGGACAGAGGCAGGGCAACCUACGCCGUACCUAGGUUUUGGAUUUCGCCGGGCUUGAUCUGACAGGAACGACGGGAGCUCAGCCGGGCCGCCCAGUCCGAUUCCUUCAGUUGUUUCCUCUUCUUCACUUCUAUUCAUCAACCUUUCAAGUUAGAAUAUUCAUCUUCUCUUUAUGCCCCAUGAUUCUUUGUCUUGCCAAAUUGACGCCUGCGGACACCAACCAACCUACAGCACUAUAUAAGCCUCAUUAGCCUACCAUUUCCCCAGCUCAGCCCCGCUCACCCGUCAGCUGCAAACCCCAAAGCUUCGAGCCACUUGACUCGCAAUAGUUGCAGUGUCUGUAUCAGCUUUUGCAUGAUGCCGCGUCACAAGAAGAGCUCUUCAAUGAGCAGAUCUCACCGCUCAACAUUAUCCUUAUCCAAAACUGAGAUCACUAUACAUGUCUAUGAUCUGCUGCCGCCCGGCCGAUUAUCGUCGGUAUUAUGGACAGUGGGCGCCUCACUACUUCAUUCGGGUGUCGUGAUCAACGGGAGGGAAUACGCCUAUGGUGGACAUGAUAAAAGAGGCCUCACAGGUGUAUACUGGACAAAGCCCCGGACCGAACCGCCCGGAGGCACAUUUCGAUGCGAGAUCCUGCACGGAUUCACUCUUGCGACAGAAGACGAGAUUAAUGCGACUCUACAAUCUGCAUCUGAGGAGUUUCUGGGCACUUCAUACAAUCUUCUGACCAAGAAUUGCAAUCACUUCACCUCUUAUCUUUGCAAGAGACUUACAGGACAGUCAGGGCCAGCAUGGUUAAACCGUGCGGCCAGCAUUGGGGUUGCGCUCCCUUGUGUCGUCCCUCGAGAUUGGAUUGAACCACCCGAAUACGACACCAGCGAAGGUGCGCUGUUGGAUGAUUACGACAAUUCGAACGACGACAGCUCUCAUACGUUGAAGAAGUCGACGGACCCCCAUCUGCUCAUGGAAGACAACGAUAGCAACGAAGAUGAUGAGUGGGACAGCGCAGAAGAAAGACGGCGAGGCGGCAGCGGGAAGGGUAAGCAAGCCCUCCGCGAUUCCGCCGGGCGUCGUUUACCACCAGCUGAGAGGGCCAUCCGAUAAUAGAGUAUAGGUGAGGCUGCGGUGUUAAGUGGAGUUUGGCGUUUCUAGGUAUCGUUUCAAUGGAUUAGCACGAUACCAAAGACUUUAUAGUCCAGGAGCAGAUCAUUCGUUUGGGAACUUGCAAGCAAAGCAAGCUGUGUCUUGUUCAUUUGUAUAGUACAGGUCGUACAGAGUAUAGUACAUUCACUUUCUCAACCUCCGCGUCGAAGUGAUAUUCUCAUG